UAUGGGAAAUCACAUGCUUCGGGUUAUUCUGAGUUCCCCAUACAGGUUCAACAUGGCGUUGCACAUAGGGACGAUGAGUAAAGUCAUAGCCAUCCUCUUAAUCUUUGCUGUGUGUGAAGGGCACCGCCUGAGAGGGUUUGGAUCGUUUACUACUCGAUGGCAAGAUACACGCAACGAGACGGUGGUGGAGGAUAAGUGGUUCAUUCAGAAACUAGAUCACUUCAACGGUGCUGACAGCCGGACGUGGAAGCAGAGGUACUUUGUGCAGGAGCAGUUCUACCGGGACGGGGGGCCUGUGUUCCUGAUGAUAGGUGGAGAAGGCCCCGCCAACCCAGCCUGGAUGGAGAAUGGCACCUGGCUGCUCUACGCCAAGCAGAUGGGCGCUUUGUGUUUGAUGCUGGAGCACCGCUUCUACGGACAGAGUCACCCCACCGUGGACCUCAGCACAGAGAACCUGGCCUUCCUCAGCAGCCGCCAGGCCCUGGCCGACCUGGCCCACUUCCGCACCGCCAUGGGGACCGCCCGGGGCCUAACAAAGAGCCUGUGGGUGGCGUUUGGGGGCUCGUACCCGGGCUCGCUUGCCGCCUGGUUCCGGCUGAAGUACCCUCACCUGGUCCAUGCCUCUGUGGCCACCAGUGCACCUGUCCACGCCACCGUUAACUUCCCAGAGUAUUUGGAAGUGGUGUGGCGUUCCCUGGCCUCUGAGGACCCAGAGUGCCCCCUGCUGGUGAAGAAAGCAUCAGACACCCUGAUGGAGCGCCUCAAAGACCCCAAGACACACGACGCCAUCACCAAAGACUUCAACCUGUGCUCUGCACUGCGCCUGCUGACAGAGAUGGACACUGCCUACUUCCUGGAGACGUUGGCGGGCAGCUUCAUGGACGUGGUGCAGUACAACCAGGACAACCGCCAGUUUGAGGGCGUAGUGGGCACCAACAUCACCAUCAAGGUGCUGUGCAGCGUGAUGGCGGACCCCUCUCUGGGGGACCCUUACUCCCGCUAUGCCAGCGUGGCCCGGCUCAUGAUGGACACCUUCUCCAUUAAGUGCCUGGACGCCACCUACUCCAGCUACCAGAGGGACAUGCGCAACACUUCGUGGGACGGUCCCGCCGCAGGGGGAGGGCGACAGUGGGUUUACCAGACCUGCACUGAGUUUGGAUUCUACCAGAGCACAGACUCCCCUAACCAGCCCUUUGGGGGCUUCCCCCUCACAUACCACGUGGAGCAGUGUGCCCAGUUCUACAAUGUCAGCGCAGAGACCCUGGCCCAGGCCGUGGCUCAGACCAAUGAGUGCUACGGAGGCUACAACAUCCGCACCAGCAGAAUAGUGUUCCCCAAUGGGGCCAUCGACCCCUGGCAUGCCCUGGGGGUCACCCAGGACAUCAGCCCUGAGCUCCCAGCCAUCCUCAUCCAAGGGACCGCCCACUGUGCCAACAUGUACCCAGCAAGAUGCCAGGACCUCCCCCAACUGGCUCAGGCCCGGGACCAUAUCGGUGUGCUGCUCCAACAUUGGCUGAAGCAGUGACCCACAGGUCCCCCGACCAACCAUGAAAACCAUGAGAAAAUCACAUUUUCAUUCACCCUGAAACUGCUGAGCUGAUGGUACCUGGCAAAAUAAGCACUCUAAGUGUGUCAGAUUUAAUGGGUCAGCUUAUUUCAAUGUUUAAUCCUUGAGUUCUAUUUUUGUCCAUCUUUGUCCAUUUUUGUCCAUCUUGUCCAUCGUCUCAAUGUGAGUUUUCCAUAAAGGUUCUCAUUUGCACUGAAGCAAAUGGAGAAGUAGCUCUGGAGAGAAUGUCCAGAGUUAGGAAACGGCCAAAUGUCUUGUCAGUGACGAUAACAAUUCAAAUUGAGGAACUGUAAGGGAUCAUGUCGGUUGUCUCAGGCCCCGUCCAUACGUAGCCGAAACGGGCGAAAACGAUCUGGUUUCGUUUUAUGCGGUUGAGUAAUAUCUCCGUAAAGAUGGAGUCAUUGCGAAACCGCAUAGAGCUGUAGAAACGCUGAAGUAAAUAUUCAAGGCGCUGGUUCUCCACAGAAAAAAGUGGAGCGCAUCAAGUCUGCGCGCAUACAGCCUGUAUGUAUACAAACAUUCAGUCUCGAGGAGAUUCAACCUUUUAAAUUGAGCAGAAAUAUUUUUUUAAUGCACAGUUAGUAAUUACAUUUAUCAAGGGGCUUUAUUUAAAGCUACAAAAAGAGUACAAAUAAAAUAAUAAAUAAUAAAUUCAAGGCAAAUUUGACGUCCCCGAGCUGGUGGGGGGCUAAUGACGUCAUCGUCUGCGUUUCAGGAGUCCACACAAAUUCUAAGACGAAGCCGCAUAGGUCCGGAUAGAUUUGUAACCACCUCCGAGGGUGGUUUCAGAAAUGUGCAGUUUCGGGCACCGCAUUCGCCGGCUCCGUCUGGACGGUCGGCCGAAACGCACAAGACAAUACGGUUUCACCCAAAAAAAAAUUGGCCUGAGUUUUUUGGCCUGAGGCCCCGUCCACACUCAGCCGUUGUUUGGGUGAAACCGCAUAAGUCUUGUGCGUUUCGGCCGACCAGUGCCCGAAACCGCACAUUUCUGAAACCACCCUCGGAGGGUGAAAAGCCCCCCCCUUGAUAAAUUGAAUUAAUAACUGCACAUUAAAAAGUAUUUCUGCUCAAUUUAAAAGGUUGAAUCUCUUCGUGACCUCGCGCAGGCUGUAUGCGCGCAAGCUUGAUGCGCUCCACCUCUUUCUGUGGAGAACCAGCGCCUUGAAUAUUUACUACAGCGUUUCUACAGCUCGAUGCAGUUUCGCAAUGACUCCGUCGUUUUCGCCCGUUUCGGCUCCGUGUGGACGGGACCUCAGUGUGUGAAUGUGUGUAUGAAGUGUUUAGCUUCUGCUAAAUACCCUAAAUGUAAACGGUGAUAUAAUAGGAUGUGUUAAUCCCUCUAUUCGAUUGGAUAAUGCAGGAGACAAAUCUAUGCCACUGAACAUGGCGGAGAGGGACGGAUCAAGAUGCUGUGUGUUGCACUGGUGUAUAAACCAAUCCAGUCCACAUGGGCAUACUUCUGUAAACCCCCACGACUGCUGCAUGAUAGGUUGAUGAUAAAAAGCAGACUCUUUCUUAAAGCAUCUCUAUAGAGUCAAGUAGCAGUUGAGUUUCUCAAUUAAUAAAAAGGUACUGUUAUUAGUUUCA